AUGUUACACUUCCGCACCGAAGGCUACAACGGUUAUGCGGUCAAGUACUCCCCGUUUUUCGACAACCGACUGGCAGUAGCUUCAUCGUCCAAUUUCGGCCUUGUCGGCAAUGGACGUUUGUUCAUUCUUGAAUUGACCCCCCAGGGCAUCGUGCCAGCUAAAUGGUUCACUACUCAAGAUUCCCUCUAUGACCUCGCCUGGUCCGAAGCCAAUGAACACCAAGUCCUAACCGCAUCCGGAGACGGCAGCAUCAAGCUCUUUGAUUGUACACUCAAUGAUUUCCCCAUCCAGGGCUGGAAAGAACACAAUCGCGAAGUCUUUAGCGUCAGCUGGAACCUGGUCUCCAAAGACACUUUCUGCUCAAGCAGCUGGGAUGGCACAGUUCGCAUCUGGUCCCCGCAGCGCCCGCAUUCCCUCAUGACCCUUCCCACCCACAGCUGUACCUACUCUGCCGCCUUCACGCCGCAUUCUCCAGACAUCCUCUCCUGCGUAUCUUCAGAUUCAUAUCUCCGCAUCUACGAUCUCCGUACACCGGCUUCGGCCUCAAACCACCUCACCCUCCAGAUUCCAAUCCACGCAGCUCCCGUUUCUCCGAUACCGGGUAAUCCGGGUGCCCCGCCAGCUGCAUGCCCACCUUCUGAAGCACUCACACACGACUGGAACAAGUAUCGGCCAUCGGUAGUUGCUGUCGCAGGUGUCGACCGGACAAUACGCACAUUUGACAUCCGCGCUCCGCAACAAGGGCCACAGACUGUGAUGAUUGGCCACGACUAUGCCGUUCGCCGGGUUUCAUGGUCACCACAUCUAUCAAAUGUCCUUCUCAGCGCGAGUUACGAUAUGACAUGUCGUGCUUGGAGUGACCAGACCCCCGCCGGCGUAAUCGGAGACACAGACCUCAUGCGGUCUGGGCCGACGCCGAUCAUGGGUGCCGAGCUCGGCCGAAUGAACCAACAUACCGAGUUUGCGACGGGCGUCGAUUGGUGUCUUUUUGGAAGCGAGGGGUGGUGCGCGAGCGUUGGGUGGGACGAGAGCGUGUAUGUAUGGGACGUUCGUGCUGUGAUGGGAUAG